AAAUGUGAAUAAAGAAAAAAGAGGGUUAGACUGGAUAGUGGGAAGAUGGGAUUUAGGAGAACAAGAAUCUCGCCGCGGAGUAGAAGUCGCUUGUAUUUGGCUUGAGAUGGUUUAUUUGAGGAAAGCAGCGCCUUCGCUUUUAGGUUUUUGGAAAUUCGAAUAACAUUAAAGAAAGAAGAAAUUAGGACAGUUUCACCCUUAUGUUUUCGGGAUACCCCCGAUCACUAUUAGAUAUUGAUAGUCGCGUGUUAGGAUUCUAAUUGUUUAAUAGGUAUUGCUUUGCAAUUUGAGAAGCUUGGAUAGACUCCUAUAAUAAUAAUACAUCUCUGUGUGUGUGUGUGUGUUUUUCUUUUUGUAAUGUAUUACGUUGGUGCUGCUACACACGGAAUGGUGUGACGCCUGGAUGUUGCCGACUACUUUUUUUGAUAAGAGGUACAAUUGAUUGAGCUCUGCGAUACCUCAGCGUUUAGCAUGAAUGUAAUAAAGUAUACUUUCGUCACCCGGGAUGAAAACAGCAGUGUGUAUGCCGAUGUUUCCAGAAGACUCGUGUCCACUGGGCAAUGGAGGCGACUGAAAAGAGACAAUCCUAGAUUUAAUUUAAUGCUAGGAGAAAGAAACAGACUACCGUUUGGAAGACUGGGUCAUGAACCGGGAUUGAUGCAGCUUGUGAAUUAUUACAGAGGAGCUGACAAACUGUGUCGCAAAGCAUCAUUAGUCAAAUUAGUCAAGACCACUCCAGAGCUGGCAGAAUUAUGCAACUGGUUGCCUGAAUCCUAUGUGAUCUACCCCACCAAUCUCAAAACCCCUAUAGCUCCAGCCACGAAUGGCAUCAACCACAUGAUUCACAAUCCAAAGACGGACGAGCGGGAAGUGUUCCUGGCAUCUUGCAGCAGGAGGAAAGAGGCUGGCGAAGGCACUGUGUGGAUCGCUAAAUCUUCAGCAGGGGCUAAAGGGGCAGGGAUUCUCAUCUCUUCAGAUGCCAGCGAGCUGUUAGAGUUCAUUGAUAACCAGGGCCAAGUUCAUGUGAUCCAGAAGUACUUGGAAAGACCUCUACUGUUAGAACCUGGCCAUCGCAAAUUUGAUAUCAGAAGCUGGGUGCUGGUGGAUCACCAGUACAGCAUCUACCUCUAUAAAGAGGGUGUGCUGCGGACGUCCUCUGAGCCCUAUGACAGCUCUGACUUGCAGGACAAAACCAGACACCUGACAAAUCACUGUAUCCAGAAGGAGCACUCGAAAAACUAUGGCAAAUACGAAGAGGGCAACGAGAUGUUUUUCGACGAGUUCAGUCAGUAUUUAUUAAACUCUCACAAUGCUGCCCUGGAUAGCAGCAUUUUGCCUCAAAUCAAACACAUAAUAAGGAGUUGUCUUAUGUGUAUUGAACCUGUAAUCAGUACUAAGCACCUAUCAUACCAGAGCUUUCAGCUGUUUGGAUUCGACUUCAUGGUGGAUGAAGAUCUGAAGGUCUGGCUGAUUGAAAUCAAUGGAGCUCCAGCAUGUGCUCAGAAGCUUUACCCUGAGCUCUGCCAAGGAAUAGUGGACGUGGCGAUUUCCAGCGUCUUUCCUCUGACUGACUCCUCUCAGAAAGCACCCAGCCAGCCAUCCCCCUUUAUCAAGCUGUAAAUAGAAGAGGGCCUCUGCUAUUUCCAAUUCAAGCUGUUUUUUUUUUUUUUUUUUUUUCACCUCAGUCUCGCUGGCUUUCAUUUGAGUGACGGGUGAAAUGGUAGGGGAAACAACUGAAGUGCAGCCUUAAACAAAAAAUGGAAUACCCUUUAAAAUGAACCCAAAUGCCAGCGGUACUGGAUUGGCACAGAACUUUUUUCUUGCAAAUUCUUCUCCAGAAUAUUCCAAAAUGUAGCCUGUAUAUUGCUUGAGGAGUAACGUAUAUGAGUGAUCAAAAUCAAUGGCUAUUUCAUUGCAAUAGGGAUUUGGUAUAUGCAGGAUCGCUGCUGUGCAGAGCUUGAGAAUAUCAAAGGGAAUGCAAAGCAUGCGGAUGAGGUUUGCUAUUUCACAGUAGGUGAUUGUGAGAGGUGGAUUGCUGUAUCACCUUCAAUGGUUUUAUUUACUGCAACACAUGGUUGUAAGAUCUCGAUAUUUAACUUUAUCAUACAGCACCUGUGACUUUAGUGCCUUACAUCCCCCUCGCCUCCAAGUAUAAUAACGAUCCUAUUAAACUUAUAAACUCUGGUCAACCUAUGCUAGUAUCCAAGUCUGUUAGCAAUUUACUGUAAUAUUUUUUCUUUUGUAUCAUUGGUCCCAAUUUAUUAUUUUCUUUUGAACUGAAGGAAAUUAAGAUGUUAUGGAGCCAGUGUGGAGCAGUAUUUAUUUUGAACCCUUUGUCUACUCACUUGGUGACUCCCGAAUUAUAGGGUUGGGAAGAUUGAAAUUCAGUUGGUUCAGGUAUUUUUCAUGUUCGUGGAUUUUGUUUUGCAUCUGUCGUAUGUGAAACAUCAAAGUAGCCAGCAGAGAUGGGAGGGUGAAGAGGGAGUAUUGCUCUGAGCAGCAGAAUAACACGGAGAUGCUUGAGUAUUAAUCUGUGUAAUAUUUUGGCCACUAUGUGGCGAUACACACAAGUAAAAAUCCCAAUAGAGUAACUCCUUGAAGGCUUGGUAAAUUUAGCAGUUCUAUUCAUUCUUUCUUUGCAUGACUCUGUUGACUGAAAAUCCAAACAGUGUUUACAGGUUGGAGAUAACAAUGUUUAACCACAGUGUUUUAGCAUUAAUAUUGUGUUCUUUUAGUAUUAUUUGUACAGCACUAAUUAGGAUAUUUUUAAUUUUAUUUUUUAAAUUUUUUUUUAAAGAACUGCCUUGUUUUGCUUGGAACAUCUUCUCACUGUUUGUUUUUAAAGGCGAUAAAGUUACAGUUGUUUACUAAUUUGAUUUGUAUUUUUUUUUUUUUUGUGCUGGGGUUCAAAUAACCUCUGCUUAGGGUCUCUGUGGCACCUAGAUCUACAGUACCAGUGGUUUCAUUAUUGGGAAUACAGCCUGGCUUGUCAAUGAAGCGAUUACUAAUGCAAAACAGGUCUGAAUAUUUCACACUGAAAAUAACCAGUACUGUGGGUAUGUUUGGUUUGGAGGAAAUAAGUGUUGGUUUUAUGUAGAUGAAUUUGUAUAUUGCAUAUUGUAAUAAUUAGCAUGCCUUCCAGCAUGUCUUAUUUUAAUUUAAUAAUCAGUCUUGGCUUGAAAAACAGCAAAAACACACUUUGAAUCAAAAAAUAUUUUGAUUUGCUUUUUCUUAUAGUCCAGUAUGGUUUUAAAUGUAAUCCUAACAAUGGCACAAGAUACUUAUAAACCCUAGACUGCAAAAUGAGGGCAUUAUGAAUGCAAAAACUUUGGUGUAGUUAUUUCCUAAAGGCUGUCUUUUUCAAAGUCAUAGUAUUGGCUCCUUCGUGAGCUGGAAGUCAUAUCAACUGUACUAGAUACUUGAUUGUGUUUCUGUUUGAGGUAGCGAACAACCCACUAAUCUUGAAAAGGGAUACACUAAACCUUUUACUGUUUUUUUGUGUGUUUUUUAAAUAAGAUUACUAAAUACGGUUACGAAGUAUAUAAAUUCUAUAAACACGGUCCUUAACAAAAUGCAGGUGAAUGUGUGUACAGAAUGACUGUUCAGAUGAAUGCUGAUGGGAGAUUCUUGGUCCUGAAGAAUUAUACGUGCCUGGUAGAAUGUGCAGUUUCAGAUUUAUUUUAUUGUUUAGUGUUUUAAUUUAACUUUUAUUUCUUGCAUCACUGAACAAGACCAUAUCAGUUUAUUACAUUGUUAGACAAAAAAGAUUGUGUCUGAACAGUAGAUAUGUGUGAACGAGUAGACUUGUUAGCUUAUUAUUUUAAAAGUAUUUUUUAUAUAUAUAUAAUAUAUAUAUAAAUUUGGAAUGACUAACAUUCAAUGCAAACUAUUAGCAACUCCUGUGUUUGCUAUAGCUGUCCUCAUCACCAUUGCAUGGCUGUUCUCCACUUCUGUUUUGAUCAACUUUCUCAAACGUGAGAAAUCCAGUCAAGACUGUUGCAAAUCCUUCAACCAGUUGCAAAUCCUACUUCAACAGAUUGGAUCUGAGUAUCAUAAACCUCUUGGCCAUCAAUGUUACACAUAACCCCCCCGCCCCCUUUUUUUCAAAAGUGAGUUAUUAAUUAAAGGUCUGUUCCCUACUGUUGGUGGAAAACUGUUACUUUGAAUUCAAUGACCACAGUGCUCAGCACAAUCCUGCUAUAGUGUGUUGAGAAGAGACAUGACUCUGCUGGUCAUUAGGCAGUAUCACUAACCAGCGUCCUGCUGCUUUAUAUAGCUGAUCUCCCCCCCCCCCCCACUCUUUAGGCUUCAAAUGAUGGCUUAGCAGUGCAACGAUCACAUACGGUUCACUACUAUCCCACAUGUUAUCUGUCUUGCCAAAUGUGCAUACAUGCUUACAGAACUGAAGGAAGAUAAAAAAAAGUUUGUCUUGCUUUACAGCACUGUUUUUGGCUAGCAGGGAAGCUUAGUGCAAUACUGAAUGUAUUGUUGAUCGUAUUAUAAAAAACCUGCUGUUAUUUAUCAUGAACCUGCAGUGCAAACUAUGAACUAUGUGAGGAGAUCAAUACCUCUAGCAUAUCAUCAAUCUGUAAAGUGUUACUGAAUUACAUCAAAUGUGUCUGUCGAUCCUCUGUGUUCUACUCUUGUUUAGCAGAUUUGUGCAUGGUAUCUUUACAUCUGUAUUCAGAACACUAUCAUGAAGAAUAAAAGUAAAUGUGUCUCA